UCAUGUGUUGAGCGUCCCCCAUCCAGCAGAUACCUGCAAAACAAGACAAAAGUGAACACGAACUGUGUAAUAAAGUCGUUGUUUUGAGAAGAAGCAUGGCGAUCCAUGCAGUUGCUGGCGUACAAAGGGAUGAUGUUCAAGCUGAUGUUACUUUUAAGAUUCUUGUUCUUGGGGAUAGCAGUGUGGGAAAGACAUGUUUGAUUUGUAGGUUUUGUGAAAAUAAUUUCAUUGAUACUGGCUCCCAUGCAUCCACAGUUGGUCUUGACUUCAAACAAAGGGUUGUUACCCUUGAUGGAAAGAAAAUACAGCUGCAGAUAUGGGACACUGCCGGGCAAGAGAGAUAUCGAACACUCACGACAGCUUACUACAGAGGAGCAAUGGGUAUUCUUCUGCUGUUUGAUGUGAGAAAUGAACUGAGCUUCAACCACAUUACUAGCUGGCUGGAAAAUAUAUCACAGAAUGCUUCAUUAGAUGUUUGUAAAGUGCUCGUUGGCAACAAGUGUGAUGACAGCAGUUGCAAGAGAGUUUCAACAAUGAGGGCUAUCAAUCUUGCCAGUGCCUUUGAUCUUAUGUUCUAUGAAACCAGUGCUAAGAUGUCAGUCAAUGUGGAACCUGCAUUUAUGGCGCUUGUCAAACAAAUGCUCACUAAGCAACAACAGCGGUCUAACUAUCUCCAAAAUGAAGAUGUUAUCCAUGGCAGUAGAUUGGAGUCAAUGAAGCAGGAUGUUAUCCAUGGCAGUAGAUUGGAGUCAAUGAAGCAGGACAUAAAGUGGUGUGGUUGUUAAUCAUUAUUUAUUCAAAGAAUUAAAACAGAGAAAACAACGAGCGUGUCAAACAAAUUUUCUUGCCAUUUUUAGACAUAUGUGCAAGACAUCUUAUACCAUCUCAAACUAAUCAAAGGAUAUCUGUCAUCAGAAAUAACUUCACAAUCAAACGGCCAGGGUACUUUUUGUAGGACAAAAAACACAAUGUCCACAGAUUUACAUUAAACUUACACAGUUU